AUGGCCCCAAACGUGGCGCUGCCAACGGUAACAUCGAAGCUGGGUCCGCCACGAUUAUUGGACCUAUUGCAUGUCCCGAAACUGGAAGAGAGGAUGUCGCCCGACGCAAACAACCUGCCAAAGGAAAAGGCUCCCACGUCGAUGUUUGUAGGCAUAUGUCUAGCUAUCACAUUCGUUCUUGCGGCCCCCAUGGUAGGGAUAUGGCUCGCUGAUCGAAUCAGAAGGCGGAAAUUAGACCCUUUCAGGAGGCUCCGAGAUCUCGAGCGCAAGGGACAACGUCCUGGCAUAGAUCCACCUCCGUACGAAAAGGCACCGCCUCAGGAUUCAAUAUGGGCUCGACAGGAGAGGCAUAGGACUAAGAAACCACCAAGAGCCAUCACAGCAGAUCAGGUUCUGGGUAUUGAUAAAACAUCGUAUCUACAACGCAUCGUACCUCAGAGUGAAGGGUCUGCGCAGCUACUUACAGUCGCGCCCGCACAUAUCGGAUGGGCUAGGCAAAGGGUGACGUCAACGGAGGACGAAGAACAGUGCAUCAGCCCCUGGGCCGUGGAGCACACUCCCAAUCCAGUCAUUUUCCCAUGGCUUCAACGGCAACAGCUGCCCAGAGACAACAUCAACGACGAAAAUUGCGAGACAUUGCAAGUGAUGACAAUGUCAAGUACCACAUCGCCAUUGCUAGCCGUCCCGACAGGGGAAGGCUCGACACCUGGGCAUGCCGAAAAUCCUUUCCUUGAUUCUCCAGCAGAAUAUACAAGCUCUCCACCUGAUAGCGACAAGUCCUAUGCAUCUUCUGAAACUACCUCAAGAAAGCAUGCAGCGCCCGAUCAACCCAACGACGCUGCACAGCCGCCUGUGCAUCCAUCAAGCACAUAUCGAUGCGAUACGUGUCAGACAACGUACCAUUCACAAGGGCAACUGAAUGUACAUCUCAAUCGCAAACACCGUAGGAGGUAUCGCUGCGAGCACUGCGACUCAGCCUUCGCGCUCAAAGCGGACCUCAAGCGUCAUGAGCGCGGCGUUCACAAAGACAUGUACACAGUACAAGUGUUCUAUUGUCUCAAUCCAACCUGCACAAUCCCCGAUAAGAAGUUCACCCGCAGGGACAAUUUCGAAAGACAUGUGCGAAGAUGUCGCAAUCGCAAAAUUACAUGA